CCGGGGAGUGAGUGGUCAUAUAAUACCACGACAUUCACGUUGUUGUGCCGCGUGGAAACCUCGUCUGCCGACAACCCGUAUUGAAUGUAAGUUAGAAUUCUGUUUUGCUUUGGACACUUGUACGCUUUAAACAGUCGACAGAGAAGAGCAUUGCUUGGAACCGUGUGCCUGGAGGUAAUAAUGGUCUAACAGUGUUGUGGAACGUGGAAAACCAGCAAGGCUUUGCCACUGUAAUUAGCGAAUACGAGUCGUGAAUGGUACGUAUGGUACAAUAAAAAGGACAUCAUCGAGUUAGAAACCGUGAUAACCAUCCCCGAGUCUAGCCUAUAUAGGUAGAGACACCGGUGACCAAUAUGGCAGACAGUAAGCGAGUCGACGAUUUGGCAACCCUGAACGUGUUAGACGAGGAUACCAUUCUUAAACAGUUGGAAGUAAGAUACAAGAAAGAUCUCAUUUAUACUUACAUCGGGGAUAUAUUGCUUGCUGUCAAUCCAUAUCGUGAAAUAACAAUCUACACUGACGAGUUGUCAAGUAAGUAUGUUAACUUGAAGUACCGCCGUUCGAUGAGGCCACACAUUUUCGCUAUAGCGGACAAUGCAUACCAUCAGAUGAAGCAAACCGGAGUGAAUCAAUGUUGCGUCAUCAGUGGCGAAUCAGGUGCCGGCAAGACAGAAAGUGCAAAGUUCAUAGUGCAACAAAUCGUUAGGCACUCAGAAACACAUCAACGUGGAAUACAGGAAAAGAUUUUACAGGUGAAUCCAUUACUCGAAGCAUUCGGCAACGCACAAACCGUCAUGAACAACAACUCAAGUCGGUUCGGCAAGUUUAUCGAACUCCAAUUUACAGUCGACGGAAAGGUUUUGGGAGCCAGCAUUACCGAGUACUUAUUGGAAAAGUCGAGAGUUAUUUUCCAGGGUGCCGGAGAGAGGAAUUUCCACAUGUUUUAUUACAUGUUUGCUGGCCUCAACGACAAGAAACUACGUAAAUAUUAUCUGUCAACACCAGAAAAACACAGGAUUUUAAACGGCGGACGCUCACAGCAUAGCAUAUACACUUCUGACGAGGAUUUCCGUCACUGUCAGCAGAAAUACAACGAACUCAAGUCACUACUCAUCACCGUUGGUUUUACCGUCGAGGACGCACUUACAAUGUGGGUACUUCUAGCAGCUAUUCUUCAUCUCGGCGAUUUGGAAUUUGAAUUUGACUAUGACCUUGACGGUGCUUACGUGUCAGACGAACGCAAGCUACAAGUGGUUUCGACUUUACUCAAAGUUGACCCGGUUGAGUUAGCUGCCGCUCUUAUCUCUACUACGCAUAUCACUAGAGGUAUGUUUUGCAAAUCAACAUUCUACUUCCAGUUUGAUGUGUGUAUGAUUUAA